CAAGCAAACGGCCUCGUCCUUUGCUAGAUUUGUUAGGAAUAAACAACUGAAAGUAUACACUUAACGAUCCAUACAUAGUUGAACGUAGUUGUACUAAGAUAUGUCCACUGGAAAUUAACAUAACUUUGUCAGAAGUUCAGCACUGUUUAUUCCUUUGUGAUAAAUUUAUUUACGUUUUGAAUCUCGCCAUUACGAAACUUGACAUUAUUUUACUCAGUGUGAGAUAAUGAGCUAAGUCAGUGUGUGCUUCUUAAGCCUAGAGAGAAUAAACAUGGGGAUCCGGAAAACGGACACCAGUCAGUUACACCUACACAUAAUUCUGAUACUGCUGUUUACAACAUCAGUCAUUCAAGCACCAAUUUUGAUGAGUGAGUCUAAAUCUUCAAAAACAGACAUCUUACCCGUGCAAGAAAAAUACAAGAAAAAUGUAGAGGAGCCUGAAUCCAACUUAGUUGCGCCAAGUGUCACCAGUAUUGAGCUACAAGGAGAUACUAUAGUGAAUAAACAAAGAGUGAUGAGUAAGAGCGGUGCAGUGUCCAAAAGAAAGCGGACCAUACAUGAGGUGACGCGGAAAGUAGAAGCCAUCACGAAGAAUGUGACUCGAGAAACGGAAAGUGACUUUGGGAAUGAGAUAGUAUCAACUUUUGAUGAAUCAUCCAAGAAACCAGUAAGCGAAUCAAAAGAAGUUUACAAAUCCCUAAAAUCUUUGCAUCAAACUGCCAAAAGUAUUUCCAUAGAAUCGGCAUUUAAACCUUACAAUCCACGUUCUAAAUUAAAAAUUAAACACACCAGAGAUUUUACCCCGACAUCUUGCGAUGUAGUCCAUGCUAUGGCGAAUGAACAUGUAACUACAACGCAAACAAACGAUGCUCCUGAUGACCUCCCAUCGUCCAUUUUGUAUCCUCACUCAGCAAACUUAUCGAAAACUGAAAAUCCACAAGAAUCGAUUGACUUUAAGAUCGGCAAGCGAGGACCCAAAAGGAGCACAGGCUUAGAAGAUCGAUGGAUAUGCAUACCUCCGCAGCCCAAAGAAGCUCCCGGCAAAACUUUAAUCCCUGAGAAAUGCUUGUGUACUGAAAUGGAAUACUCCUCAAAAUCUUUAGACGACGACUCGAACCUAACUGAAAAUGAAACAAUCAUGUUUAGCGAAUAUUGCAUUUAUUACAAUAAAACAAAAGCAGCCGUGUGUUCAGGCGCUCAGGUUAAAGAGGUGCCGAUGUUGUCCACAAUGGCCGAGGUGAACACUUUAGUUUUCGAUAAAACAAACAUAUUAAUUUUAGAAGAAGAAGCCGCCACGCGGAAACUCCCACAAACUCAAGCACUGGGAUUCACAAAUGGAAUAUUGUUCCGUGUAAGCCCUGGAUUUCUACGGGAGGUACGAACGGAGAAGCUCAUCUUCACAAACAACUCAAUCACAGACUGGAAUUUCUCAUGGUUCACGUCAGCCAAGAAAUCAAACAUUACUUCAAUAAACUUGAGAGACAAUCUCAUCCGAUUUUUGCCAAGUCCUGUGGUUGGGAGCACAAAGGUAUUACCGCACCUCAAGACCCUCGUGCUGAGCGAGAACCCCUUGCAGGUCAUCCCAGCGAACAUAUUUCAGCCACUAGCAGGCUCCCCAGUGACGUGUCUCAGCCUACGAAGUUGUUGUCUCGAUGAUUUUGGUAGAGAUGUGGAAAACAACAUAACGAGCAGUCUGCAGUUCUUGCCGAACCUCGAAUUGCUAGACUUGUCCAGCAAUCCUCACCUGAGUUCUUUCAAAAUCGCCCGAUUUCUUUCUCCUCUACAAGGCCGAAACUUGACGACAUUAGUGCUAGCUAGUAAUAACUAUGUUUCCAUCCCUCAUCUGGCUCUGGAAGUGGUGUCGACGUCCCUCAGGGUGCUCGACAUUCGCAGCUCUUCCGUGCCAUGCUUGGACAACACAUCGUUCCCGUUCUUACCGGAACUCCGAUCCCUCAACCUCGACUUCAGUAGAAUAUCGUCGUUGCUGCCGGGCGUGUUUGAUGUUAUGCCAAAACUGAAGUCCCUCAGCCUCCAAGGCAACCACUUCAUUUCCAUUCCGGCCAGCAUCAGAUUACCUACUUUGCAGGAGCUCAACUUCCAAGGUAACCCACGAAUAGAAGAUGAUUACGACGUGUGCAACUUCGAGCUUGAACUCAACAGCUUCAGCGGCAUGACAGGGCUGUUGUACUUGAACUUGGCUCAGACGCCAAUAAAACGACUCCAGUCUCGCCAGUUCUUUGGGUUGGAGAAUUUGCAGACGUUAGAUCUGGCGCGGUGCCUCAUCAGCCGUAUUGACCCUGGUGCUUUCACAUCAUUGACGAGCCUGAAGAAUUUAUACUUAGAUUCCAAUUUAUUGGAAUCUCUUAACAAUGACACAUUCUUGGGGCUGACCAAUCUCCGGCUCCUGGAACUGGAAGACAACGCACUGACGUUUGCCAAGCCUUACAUUUCCAGCCCAGUGGACCCUCUUCUAGAAGGCCGACAGCAGAACGAGGUUUACGAAACACCGCGAUCGGAUGGACACAUGAAUAUUACAGCACACGAAAAAUUUGGAAACAACAGUUCAACAAUCGAUAAAAUACCCAGAAGUACUUCAGAACGUCCAUUUUCCCACUUGUUCAAACUCCAAGCGCUCAUUCUGAAGUCUAACAAGAUAGGGGAUUUGGUGCCAGUAUUUGACGAUCUUUACGACCUGACAUUCAUUGACCUCAGUAAGAACGUGAUCACUGACUGGUACGAGAGCGUAUUCCAAAACAACGCCAGGUUAUCCCAUCUCUUCUUGCAAUACAACCAACUGGAUUCUUUCACUGACGCAAUGGUCCAAGAUUUUAGUGGAGAGAACCUAACGGAAAUCAACAUAAAGGGAAACCCUUUUACUUGUUCUUGCGGUUUCUACGACGCCUUGAAAGAUCUUGAUCCGAACGAUUUUGUGGACUAUGAAACAUACACGUGCACCGUCGAGGACAGCGAGCCCCUGCAGCAGAGGUGCUUCACAGACGUCCCAGGGGACUGCCCUGAGGAGGUUGAUGAGAUCAGCGGUUCACCUUUCGAAGCGAAAGUCUUGAUCGUCGCCGCGACGGUACUUGUCGUAAGCAGCUUUGUUGCCGCAUUCACAUACAGGCAUAGAAAGCUCAAGAAGAAGCAGAUCCCAGCAGAUAUGGAGCUGCGAGAAAUUGAGCCGAAAAUAUUGUAUCAGUACGACGUCUUCGUCUGCUACGCCGCCUCAGACAAGGACUGGGUGUUUGAAACACUCUUGCCUGUACUUGAGAAAAAAUACCGACUGGAGGUGUGCAUACAUGAACGAGACUUCGAGCCUGGAGAUAUGAUUAUUUCCAACAUCUCCAGCAGCAUUCGUAAAUCAAGGAAGGUGUUAUUCGUCGCGUCGCCAGCAUCCGCGGCGAGCAACUGGUGCAACCUGGAACUGGACCUGACGCGCUCGGCGAGCGUGAGCCUCGGUCACAACAAACUCGUGGUGGUGCAGAAAGAAGUCGUGCCUCCAGAGCAACAGACGGAGGCUCUGCGCCACAACAUGUCCACGAGGACCUACAUUGAGUGGUCCGAGGACCGGAGAGUCCAGGAGAUGGCGUGGGCGAAACUUAAGAAAGUCCUCGUGGUUGCCAAAGAGAAAUCAAAGUUAUCUACGAUCAGCAAGGGUGCACUUGACAAUGUUUCAUUGCAGUCUGAGAGAUAAUUUACAUAAAUAUGUUUUGUUACCGUGAGAUUUAAUCUAGAAUAUGAAUAAACGUUAAUAUAAUAUAAAUGGUUGCCGACUUUUUAUCUGUUGUUGUGUUUAUUUCAUGUAUAUGACAAAUUGAGAGUUUAUUUUCAUAAACUGCCGUCACGUAUUCCAACUCGGGGUAUUGAAUGCAGCAGGCAAGUAAUAAAUAACUUUACCAUUGUUCAUUUUUUUCGAGUGGUCUAAUAUCUUCAUUAAACUUUUAAGCUAAAUCUAAAGGUUGCCUCAAUUAUCUCUCUUUAAAUUAAGGCAAUUAUCUAAAACAAUUUUAAUUAUCUAAAGAUUGCCGGUAUUAAGCGUAUUCCGUAUGCUGUAUGCAUACUAAAUGCUCCCCAAUUCUUGCAUUUGGACCUACCAAAAAUCGCCGAUAUAAUGUGGUAUUCAAAUAAUGAAAACUACAGGGAAUUCCAAAUAAUUUAUAUCUGCAUGGCUAACCCUUUAAGCAAAUGAGAACUUGAAGGUUCAGCUCAAGACGCAUUUGAGCCGAACCAGCAAAUAAGUUUCACCAGCGGUAUACUAUUAUGUUGAUCUCCACGGACAACACAUCCGAAAAUUAAUGUGAAUAUACUCGCAACUAAGUACAAAUUUACGUAAAUGAACAUUUUUGAUGAGUAAAAUGUGAGCACAUCUUUGUCACGGGUAUAAUGAUUAGAAGUCCGUCAUUUUUUUCUGUGUACCCCAAACUAUAAUGAUGUUAGGCUAUUCCUGAGAAAAAGUGAGCAUCAAGCUUACUGAUACGUUCAUGUUAUAUUUAUGUAUAUGAAU